AUGGCUUCCCCCCGUUCCGGGGACCCCAGCCUGGCAGGUCUGCCCCCUCGUCCUGUAGCCGCUCCAGGUGAGACGCGUGGUCCCGCCGCGACCCCGGAGCCCCCGUUCCUGGACAUCUACUGCGGGGACGCACAGCUCUGGGAGGAGCACUUCCGCGGCAUCGGGCGCGCCUACUGCGCGCUGGGCAAGGAGGACGACUUCGCCAUCCGCGUGCUCACGGAGGACUUCACGCUGCCUUUUCCUUUCGCCUGGCCCCCGGGGCCCGACCCGGCCCGCGGGCCGCUCUUCUACGACCCGCACGACCGCACGGGCUUCGACUUCCUGCUGCGGGGCCCGGACGCGCCGCCCCCCGCGCUGCUGCGGCCCCUGCACAACACGGCGCAGGCGGCGCUGCGCAGGCGGCGCCUGGAGCAGCUGGCGCUGAGCUAUUGCACGCGGGGAGCGGCCACCGGCCCGGCCUCCCGCAGCUCCUGCCCGCGCCCACCCCCGGCAGCGCCUUCCCGGGGCCCGUGGGGCCUGAGGCCGCCUCCCCCGGCGGGGGCGCCCCCAGGCUGGGUUAGCGCGGGCCCCGAGAAAAUGAAUAAAGAGUGCCUCUGCUUCUCCCGCCCCGAGGCUCUUUGCCGGACACACCCGGACGGGCAUCUGGUGCCAGCUAGACCCCCGGGGCCGCCCGGGGGGGGCCAGACAGCGUCAGCGGUGGUGCGGGAGGUCCACUUUGUCCCAAGGGGAUAA